AUGGCCGAUAGCGGAACCACUCGGUUCGAUACCUCGCCAGAAGACUUCGUCAUGGUGGAUGGAUCUCACGAUCUUCCCCUGCGGCCGCGCUCAACAAAUCCCGAGAAACAACACCUACGUGUCGAGCUUCAUCCGCUUCAAAAUGACGAUGCUUUCAUUGUCUCGGUUCGACCGCCCAAAGUUCCGGAAGAUGGCCUCAAGCGAGCCUCGUGUGACAUUGUGCUGGUGAUUGAUGUUUCUGGAAGCAUGAACGCGGCUGCACCACUCCCCGAUGUGGAAGAUUGUAAUGACAAGGAGGCCGCUGGUCUCAGUGUUCUUGACCUGACGAAACAUGCGGCCCGAACCAUACUCGAGACCCUCGGUGAAAAUGACCGACUUGGAAUUGUCACCUUCUCAGAUGAUGCCAAGGUCGUGCAAAAGCUCACCCGCAUGACUAAUGAAGAGAAGAAAGCAACGUGGCAGCGAGUGGACCAACUCCGCACGGAGUCCUGCACGAAUCUCUGGGCGGGUAUCCGAUCCGGCUUAAAUCUGUUCGAGGAAGCCCGUCUGAUCGGCAACGUGGCAGGCAUGUAUAUUUUGACGGACGGGAUGCCCAAUCACAUGUGUCCGCAACAAGGAUACGUCGCCAAACUCAGGCCCAUGCUCGUGGAGGCAGCGCACCCACGAGCUUCUCUCCCCACGAUUCAUACGUUUGGGUUCGGUUACCACAUCCGAUCGGAAUUGAUGCAGUCCAUCGCGGAGGUGGGUAACGGCAACUACUCCUUUAUCCCGGACGCUGGCAUGAUCGGGACGGUGUUCGUCCACGCGGUCGCCAAUUUGUAUACCACGAUGGGGACAUCGGCGAUCCUCGAACUGAGCGAUUCGAAGGGGACUACAAUGAAUCUCAGCGCAGGAAUGAUGUGCGCUAACGAGAGUGGAAAACGGCUCAGUCUGAAUUUGGGCAAUAUUCUAUUUGGUCAAUCUCGGGAUAUUCUUGUCAAGUGUCCAGGCAUGCCGCCCAAUGCCGUAAUUACGGCGAUUCUCAAAUACCGAUUGGCGAAUGGCGAAUCACAAGGCUCUCAGGGCCGCAUGGUGUAUUCGGAGAAAACAACGUGGAGCCCUGCCAUAGCUGAAUAUCACCAAUACCGUGCGGCGAUAUGUGAUUUCCUGUCAUCCCUCUUCCCCACGAAGGACAACGGUGAACACGCUGCGAUCUCCGACAAAGCCGCUGUGGAUCAGGCACGAACACGUCUGGAUGCUGUCAUCACGGCCAUCCAAUCCUCCCCCUGCAAGGACGCCGCGUAUGUGAAGUCACUCGCUGAAGACUUGGCCGGGGAAGAACCGGCAGGGCAAAUCUCCAAGGCAUUGCUUUGGUCCGAGAAGCAAAAUUAUUGGUUGAAAUGGGGUCGCCACUACCUCCCCAGCCUGCUUCAUGCUCAUCAACGUCAAAUGUGUAACACGUUUAAGGAUCCUGGGCCGUUGUUGUACGGCAAAGAGAGUCCUCUUUUCAUCAAAUGCCGAGACGAACUGGAUGCAGCAUUCGACAAUCUUCCAGCGCCCAAGCCCAGUCUUCCUCCCAAGGUGGUGACUACCUAUGGCUCAAAGGGAGAAGUGACUGGCACCCGAGUGAUUUCGCCGCCCCGAGUGCGGAUGAGCCGUUACAACUCAUCCAGCGCCCCGUGCUUUGGGGGAAAUUCCAAGAUCACCAUGGCUGACGGAUCUAGAAUCCCCAUCAAGGCGCUCAAGGCCGGUGUGUCGAUUUGGACUCCCGUGGGACCUCGCCCCGUGGUAGCAGUGGUGAAGACCCGGAUGAUGGGUCACACGGGGCAACUUUGUCGUGUCGGGAAGCUUUGGGUGACGCCGUGGCAUCCCAUUAAGCACCAAGGAUGUUGGGUUUUCCCGAGGCACAUUGCAGAAGACAUCGCGGACUUCGAAGGCCCCGUCUACUCCGUCAUGCUGGGGCCUUACCGACAUCCCGACGGGCACGCGAUUGAAAUUGGCGGACAGACUGCUGUGACUUUGGGCCAUGGAGUGAUCGGAGACCAAAACGAUGUUCGAAUGCAUGCAUUUUUCGGCAACUACUGGCGAGUAGUACAGAGUCUCAGUCAAUUGCCAGCGGACAGAAACGGACAUUUGAGAUGUGGGAGCCUGCAGAGAGAUCCACGGACUGGUCUUGCCAGUGGUUUCAUGAGGCCCAUGACUAAUAUCAAGAGCAUACCGAGGACAAUGAAGGCGGCAGUCAGAGUCCGAGUGAGACGUCAAUCUGGAAUUUGA